CUCUGUUUACAUUUUGUGUGUAUAUAUAUAUACUUGACAAGAAAGAGCCGAAUGAAGAAAUGGAAUCCACGGGAGUGGGAUUCAUGGCAGUCUUUGCUGUUUCAGGAAGCCUGGUUCUCAUUGCUCGCCAACUCCAUAGGCGACUCGUUUCCGAUUUCAUGAAGAAAAUUGAAUUCGAAUUGAGUGGAUCGGCGAGAUGCAAUGGGAGGAAGAAGGUCAAAUUCGCGGAGGACGUGAUGGAGCCAUCAUCAAAUAACAAGGAGUACCGAAGGAGACCGUGCAGGUGAAAGGAGGCGAUGAGGAGGAGAUAUUGGUUAUGGAGGAGGAUGUUGUUAUGAAGGAUACUCAAAAUAUCAAAGUGAAGGACGCAAUGCCUCUUAAUUGGCAAAUUUUGUACAAAAGGG